ACAGUAUACAUUCCCAAUUCACCAAAUUAGGGUUUUCAGAAACGAGGCAACUCAUAUGAUAAACUUCCUUUCAUGGUAUUCACCCCUAAAAUGAUGACGAUUUCAUUUCCCAAAAAAUUAUCUGAUUCAACAUUGUUCUAAUCGGUGAUGAGGACAAUGGAGCUAACUGGUCAGGUGAAAGAGAGUGAUCCACCUGUGAAUGUUGAUGAAAUGAAUUCUUCUGAAGAUGAGGACAUGAAGUUGGAAACUACUCGUGCAAGAUCUAUUGCUACUGUUAAGAAAGGUUCCAAAGUUGCUUAUUUUAUUAGGGAAUCUGAGAAAACAAUUUCUGAACGUCUGCAAAAGGAGUUUGAAGCUCAACGUGCUUCUCAAACUAAAGAAAUAAGUCUAGUUGGUGAUCAGUGGAAUGAUGGGUUACUAGCUACAAUAAGGGAGCGGGUGCACGUGGAGGCUGAGAGAAAGGCCAUGCAGAAGGCAGGAGAUGUCGCAGGGACACCAAAUCUUCCUGCCUAUGAAAAGAUAAUUUACAUAGUUGGAAACAAAGUAAUAUGUUGUUUAGAGGGGUCUCGGAUUGGUAUCCAAUAUGAGACAUCAUAUGCAGGAGAACCUUGUGAACUUUUCCAUUGUGUUCUUAGCAGCAAGUCAUUCCUUGAGAAAGUGACAGUUCUUGAACAUACGAUUCCUUUUUUCUUGCCGAUAAGAGAGGCAGAACAUAAUUUUCUGUAUACAAAUGCAAUGAAAUUCAUAGACCAUGUGGGAGCCUUGGUGCAGGCAUACGUUGACAGAAGAGAACAGGUUCGCCUUACGAAGGAGUUGUAUGGAAAUCAAAUACAAGAACUUCAUUUCAGCCUUCCGUAUAAUAUGAUUGAAUUCAUGCUCCGUGGUUUUGACUGCAAGGUUACAGUGAGUCUUAGAUACUCUGAUCUUCUCAACACACUUCCCUCAGAGGUCAGUGUCUUUGCAUGGUCAACUUAUCGACCUAUAAAGAGAAAGGAAAAUGGAAGUCAACCAAGUCCAGCUCGUUUGCAAUAUGCAGAGGAUGCAUUACGAUCGACGAGUUUACCUGAAGCAUUUGCUGAGAUUGUUCUGAAAAUGCCUCGAGCUCUGAGGAAAAUAUAUCCGGAGAUGAAGUCUGCCUAUUGUAAUGUCCAUUCUGAGCAAGAAGUAAUGAAAAUGUCGGGCCGGCCGCAAUCGAGGUACGCGAGUUCUAAUCCUGGAAACCUAGGCCAGACCACAUUAAGCGUGAUCGGCUACCUCAGCUUUGCCGUUUUCGUCGUCUGCGCUGUCGUAUUCACCGUGAACUACGAGCCCCGCGACCCCCAUUUCCUCCCCGCCUCAAAGAUUGCAGAUCUCCUCCCCUCCGAUCCCGACCCCAAUCAGGCGGCGCUCGAGUCCUUAUUCAACGACACCGAUUUGGAUUCCCUGGUCGGGCACGGGCCCGACGAGUCCCUUGCCGGCCCCGAUGCCCGCGUCUGCAGGGCCGAAGGCCCGAUCGACUGCCGCGAUCCGGACCUGUUCCACCUGCUGAUGCGGGCCGCCAUCGAGAAGUUCAAGGACGUCCACUUUUACCGGUUUGGGAAGCCCGUCGACGGCGAUAACAGCUCCUCCUGCCACAUGGCGUGGCGCUACCGGCCGAAGGACAGCAAGCCAGCUUCCUUUAACAAGGACUAUAGGAGCUUCGUUGUGUCCAGGUCUGAGAAUUGCACGAUGAGCGUGAUUGGCAUUGGCGAAUAUCACUCGGGCGAGAAUGCUCGGAAGAAAAAGGGGAAAGGAAAAAAAAGGCCUGAAGAUAACAAUAAUAGAAAUACUACUUUGGGAAUUGAGGUUGGUGAGACUGCAAAUGACGAGCUUCCUGAAGUAUUAUCCGAGGGUUCGUUUAUCCGAGGCCAAUAUUUAGUGUACUCGGGCGGUGGGGACAGGUGCAAGAGCAUGCAUCAAUACCUAUGGAGCUUCACGUGCAUGCUGGGCGAGGCUCGGUUUUUGAAUCGAACGCUUGUCAUGGACCUUAGCCUCUGUUUAUCCAAGAUAUACUCCUCGUUUAGCGUGGAUGAGGAAGGCAAGGAUUUCAGAUUCUACUUUGAUUACGAGCACUUGAAGGACUCGGCCUCUGUGCUCGACCGGACUCAGUUCUGGUCCGCUUGGGACAGGUGGCAGCAGAAGGAGCGUGUAUUGGGCCUCCACCUUGUGGAAGAUUUCAGAGUUACGCCUAUGAAGCUAGCCGAGGUGAAGGAUGCUUUAAUCAUGAGGAAAUUUGGGUCGGUUGAGCCCGAUAACUACUGGUACCGGGUCUGUGAGGGCGAGGCGGGGCCCAUUAUAAAACGGCCGUGGCACAUCAUCUGGAAGUCGAGAAGGUUGCUUGACAUUGCCUCGGCUAUCGUGUCGAGAUUGAACUCGGAUUUCGACGCUGUACGUGUUGAGCGUGGAGAGAAGGUGAGAAAUAAGGAGCUAUGGCCUAAUCUCGAUAGGGACACCUCGCCAAAAGCGGUUUUGGCGGCGUUGAGGGGAAGGAUUGAGGUUGGGAGGGAGCUUUACAUUGCAACGGACGAGCGGGACGUGUCGUUUUUUGAUAAUUUGAAGGGAAAAUACUCGACUCAUUUCCUUGAUGACUAUAAAGAUUUGUGGGAUGGUAAUAGUGAUUGGUUUGAUGAGAUGACGAGGCUUAAUAAUGGGAAUGCGGUGGAGUUUGAUGGUUAUAUGAGGAUUUUGGUCGAUAGUGAGGUGUUUUUCAAGGGGAAAAAGCAGGUCGAAACUUUUAAUGAUCUCACGAGGGAUUGCAAGGAUGGUGUUGGCACAUGCACUUUGAGCGGCUAA